UAACAAAUUGAUGACUUAACGACUGUUCGUAUGGAAUUUUGUGGAUUAUACUUUGAAAUUAUGGUGUUAUUAAUAGUCGAUUCAGCCGUCCACCCUACACAAAGACAACCACGCAUAAAUUUUCUACAAUCUACUUUCAUUGAAUAAGCACAACGUUUUUGGACUUCGAUGUCAUGAAUGGAAACGCGUGUUCUCCAACCUACGACAUCGCGAAUUCCUCUAAUUCGAAUAUAUUACAAUGUUAAAUUUCGGAACAAAUUGGAAAGUUUGGAACUGUUUGGCAAGAGCGCUCUACGAUAACAUAGCCGAGUCGCCCGACGAAUUAGCAUUCCGCAAAGGUGACAUUCUGGUGGUGCUCGAACAAAACACGGGGAACAUAGAGGGAUGGUGGUUGUGUUCGUUACGAGGUCGACAGCUGUGGCGUUCCUCGACUUUUAUCUUAUACGUCGUCUAUGAUCAAUGCGAUAAGACGUAAACUGCGUUUUUUUGGUUUAUUUUCCGAAUAACAAUUGAUGUUACAUUGCCGUUUCUUUCCGAGCUCAUAAGGCACAUACUGUAAACCAGGGUGCAAAAUAGAGGUCGUCGUGGUGGAUCCAACGUAUGAAGCUUUACGGAAAACACGAACUGGCAGAUUUGUUUCAAAACGCAGGGCAAACGUAAUUUCGGUUAGAAUAUCGGAAAUAGCAGCCA